AUGCGGCGUGGCGGCGGCCGCCGGUUCCCCAAGCCCUCCCUGGCGCCCUCCACCGCAUCCGAGGCCACCCCAGCGCUGGACGCCAGCGUUAUCCGCAACCUCGACUCCGCCUUCUCCCGCCGCGACUCCGACGCCGCCAGCCUCUGCAGCAGCCGCCCCGCUUCCACCGCCGGUGCGGGCGUCGGCGCCGCCCCCAACUUCUCCGACCGCCCCAUGCAGGUCGCCGCGCUCCGCGUCGUCAACGGAUUCCUCGCCCCCGGCGUCACGCUCCGGGGGCCUCUGCCCGCCGCGCGCGACAUCCAGGCGGCGCUCCGCCUCCUCGUCGACCGUCUCCAAUUGGCCCGCAACGACGCCACGUUCGAGGAUGACCUCAUCCAGGAUCUCCGCCUUCUCGGGUGCCCCUACAAGGUCACCCGCUCCGCGCUCAAGGCCCCCGGCACCCCGCACUCGUGGCCGGUGGUGCUCUCCGUACUCCACUGGCUCACCACCCUCUGCUACGCCCAAGGAGACGACCUGGAUGCCCAGGGCGACCCAUCCAACGAUCUCUUGCUCUACACCACGCAGGGCUACUCCCACUUCUUGUUGGGGGACGACGACGCCGUCGUGGCCCUCGACGAGGAGUACACCUGCAAAGCCCGGAUGACUGGUGAGGCGUCCGUUGCAACAGUUAGUGCCCUGGAGAAGGAGGCCGAGGAACUGGAGACCGAGGUGAAUAAGCUCAUCUCGGGUCCCUCGCGGUUCGGAGCACUGGAGUCAGAGAAGGAAGCCUUCAUUGCUGAUAUUCUCAAGUUUAAGGCAGUGGUGGAUGCUUGGAAAACUAAGAUCAACGAAAGGGAACAUGUGUUGGGGAAUUUGGAGAAAGAGUUGAGGCAAAAGUGUCGGACACCGAGCGCUCUGCUGCUGAAGUUCAGGAUCUAUUGA